AUGUACGGCGGUUAUGGUAGAAGGGAUGGUUUCCCCCGAAGAGGGUAUCCUGGUGGGUACCACAGAUCUUAUAACGAAACUGGAUGCAUGUUUUGCACGGGUGUUCCUGAAAGUCAACAGUCACACCAGCGCCGUCAAUGCCGUGAAUUUCACCAACUGAAACAGAAAACGUCGUAUAAACCUUACGUUAAGGCAAAAUUGAGGGACCAAGACGAGCAAGGUUUUGCUGCUGCUGGCUUUCUGCUCUGGAAAAGAAAAAACGAGAAUAAUCUGCAAGUCUUGAUGGCGCGAGAAUAUCGAGACGGUAGCGAUCUUUUAAAUUUUCUUGGUGGAAAACGGUUAAGAAAAGCAGAGAGUGCAAUUGAGGUUGCAUUAAGGAAAGUCGAUAUGGAGAGUGGACGGCAGCUUUCUCGGAAUGCGUUUGAAGGUAUGAAACAUGCACCACUUGUGCAUUGGAGCGGUAGAUCGGCUUCGAAAUACGCUCUGUUCCUUUAUGAAGUCACAUCGUGGCGAGAUUGCAAGGUCGAUGUUCAAGCUGCAGGUUUGAGAGGCGACGGAGUAAAAAGACUGGAGUGGGUUUGUUGUAAAAAUUUAAAAUCAUCCUCAUUUAUACACCGUGAACUGCACGAUUUUGCUAAAGAUAUGGUUCAAGCGUUGUCUGAUCCGACCUGUGACGUCCUUGCCAAUAUAGAAGAGUUGUUUGAGACUGCAAAGACGGCUGGCGAAGCAAACAAGGUGAAGGAUGAUACCCAAGAGAAAGUUUUGUUUGAUUUUGAUGUCAUUGCGGCGCUAACAUCAUCCGCCAACUUGGCAAAGGGCUUUUCGACGACAGGUAAUCUAACAUGGGGCAACAUAGCCGAUGCUGUCAAAUUGCUUCAUAAAAAUGAUAUAAAGAAAUUGCAACUGAAGUACCAUCCAGACCAUUUGCGUAGGCAUUUAGAACGAGAUCCCACUGACCUUGAAAAGGAAGCUUCCACUAAGGCAAUGCAAAUCCUAAACCGAAUAUUGGAGAUGGUCAAAGAACCAAGCAAGGCACCAAACCAUUCAUCUUCGAGUGGUGAUGUUUUUACAACAAUUAAAGAACUGAAUGAACUUAUUAAAACAUAUACUGAUGGUGAUGAUGAUGAUUGUGAUGAUAAAAUUGCGGCAGCUGUCACAGCUAAACUUUCUGAAAUAAAACUGAGAUGAAAAAGCGCGAGUAGUUAUGGUGAAAAAUGAUUAUUCUUAACUUUUCUGCAGAUUAUCGCACCUGUUAAUGAUUAUAAACCUGGAGGUCCAUGUAGGUGGUAUUCUUCAACGAACUAUCGAGGUCUACCAAGUACUGAGGUUAUCCGCAUAAUCAAACAAUAAUUAAUUACUCAUAACUUCCAAAACAAUAACAUAUAUUGAUUCGCGAACAUAUAUAUCACUUUCUUAAUUUUCUUAUCAUGUUUAAUUCUAAAUUCUGUAAAUAAACUAUUAAAA